AUGGAAGGAAAGAAUCAAACAGUUCUGUCUGAAUUCAUCAUUUUGGGAUUCUCUGAUCUAACUGAUUUACAAUUUUUACUUUUCACCAUCUUCUUUCUGACCUAUAUCUGUACUUUGGGAGGAAAUAUCUUCAUUAUCCUGGUGACUGUGGCUGAUCCACAUCUACACACCCCCAUGUAUCAUUUUCUGAGGAAUUUGGCCUUUCUUGACAUCUGCUACACCACCACCAACGUCCCCCAGAUGAUGGUGCAUCUCCUGUCAGCGAAGAAGAGCAUUUCCUAUUUGGGUUGCAUGGCACAGCUUUUUGCAUUUAUUUUCUUCGUGGGAUCAGAGUGUCUCCUCCUGGGGGCCAUGGCGUAUGACCGUUACGUUGCAAUCUGCAAACCUCUGCGGUACUCAGUGAUUAUGAACAGGGCCCAGUAUGGCCGCUUAGCCGCCUCGUGUUGGACUGGGGGUUUCCUCAACUCAGUGGUGCACACAGCACUGACCUUCCACCUGCCCUUCUGUGGCAACAACCAGAUUCAGUAUUUCUUCUGUGACAUCCCCCCUUUGCUGCUGUUGUCUUGUGGGGACACUUCUGUCAAUGAGUUGGCAUUGCUGUCCAUUGGGGUCUUCAUUGGGUGGGCGCCUUUCUUGGGUAUCGUCCUCUCCUACCUCUAUAUUAUCUCUACCAUCUUGAGGAUCCGCUCCUCAGAGGGGAGGCAAAAGGCAUUUGCCACCUGUGCCUCGCACCUGGUCAUUGUCCUUCUGUACUACGGCAGCGCCAUCUUCACAUAUGUGCGGCCCAUCUCAACAUACUCGCUGGAGAAAGACAGACUAAUCUCUGUGUUAUACAGUGUCAUUACCCCCAUGCUAAACCCUGUAAUUUACACACUGAGGAAUAAGGACAUCAAAGGGGCCGUGAAGGUGUUGGGGAGAAGGUGGAAGCCACCAAUCCCUUCUUUGGAGAUGUAA